AUUUUAGAGAAGCGCUGUUGGUUCUUGUUUCUGCUCGCCAAACCGAUCUUUCACGUGGCGGACAUCUUUGAGGGUGAACGUCACUCUCUCGUGUUGUUAGUUUUAUUACGUGGUGAACGAUGGUGCAGAAAAAACUAAAAGGAAAAGGGAAGGGGAAGGUUACCCCCAAGGGGAAGAAGAUUGCUGCUGCUCCCCUUGUUACUAAGAAGCCUCCCCCACCAAAGAAGGUAGUUAAUCCUCUCUUUGAGAAGCGUCCCAGAAACUUCGGUAUUGGUGGUGAUAUUCAGCCAAAGCGUGAUUUGAGCAGGUUCCUGAGAUGGCCCAAGUAUGUGCGUCUCCAGCGUCAGAAGGCAGUGUUGCAGCAGCGCCUGAAGGUUCCCCCACCCAUUCACCAGUUUAAGCAAGCCCUUCAGCGCCAGCAAGCUACUGAGUUGAUCAGGCUAAUGGACAAGUAUCGCCCAGAGAGCAAGGCAGCCAGGAAAGUCAGGCUCCACAGGCGUGCUGUGGCUCGUGCAAAGGGAAAGCCCGACAAGCCAACAAAGCGCAGAAUAACUGUCCGUAUGGGCAUCAACAAUAUCACCACUUUGGUGGAACAGAAGAAGGCAAAGCUGGUAGCCAUUGCUAGUGAUGUGGAUCCUAUUGAGAUUGUAUUGUUCCUUCCUGCUCUGUGCCGUAAAAUGGGAGUCCCAUACUGCAUUGUUAAAAACAAGGCUAGGUUGGGAAGAGUUGUAAGGAGGAAGACUGCCACAGCACUUGCCAUCACAGAUGUUGAAUCACAGGAUCGUACUGCUCUGAACAAGAUCAUAGAGUCCAUCAAGACCAAUUACAAUGACCGCUACGAAGAAAUUCGUAAGAACUGGGGUGGUGGUGUUCUUGGUUCUAAGUCUUCUGCUAGGAUUGCCAAGCUUGAGCGGGCUAAGGCAAGAGAAAGCACGAAGGUUUGAAUAGAAAUAAAGGCCUCUUGAGUA